UUAGGAGCAGGAAAUAAACAGUCGAUAUCCUCACUACCUGCGCUUGCAUCCGGGAGAAAGAUCUGUCUACGAAAUGCCUUCGCCGACGGACCCCGCGCUUCAAUUCGACUCAAUUGAGGACACAAUUAAAGCUUUCAGUAACGGGGAAUUCAUCGUCGUCCUAGAUUCACAAGAUCGCGAAAAUGAAGGCGACCUCAUUAUCGCCGCCGAAUCCAUAACAGAUGCGCAAAUGGCAUUUUUGGUCCGCUAUACAAGUGGACUGAUCUGCGCACCCAUCACACCGGAGAUCGCCGAACGCCUCCAACUUCCCCAGAUGGUCCUCGAAAACACAGACCCUAAAGGAACCGCCUACACAGUUUCGAUUGACUCGGCUGACCCGUCCAUCACAACCGGUAUCUCUGCGCACGACCGCGCCCUAGCAUGUCGAACCCUUGCCUCCCCCUCUGCCCGCCCCCAAGACUUCCGCCGACCAGGCCACAUCAUCCCCCUGCAGGCCAAAGCUGGCGGCGUCAGGCAACGGAAGGGCCACACUGAGGCUGCGGUUGAGUUUUGCCGGCUGGCAGGAAAGGCACCAGCAGGUGUUAUUGCGGAGCUUGUUGAGGAUGGCGAGGUCGUUGAGGGCGUUGCGGAGAUCAGGGGGAAUAAUGGAAUGAUGAGGCGCGAUGGAUGUUUGAAGUUUGGGAAGAAAUGGGGGCUGAAGCUUUACGAUCGGAACAUAGCUUAUUACAUUCUGAUCAACUGGUUCAUUUAG